UUUCCACUAAUCCCCAGCCACACCAAGCCCGAGAUUCCCCUUCAACCCGAUCCCCAAAUCCAUCCCCACCCGCCAGCUUCAUCUCGCCGGAACUCUUCCCAGAUCAACCCCCGGGUGCAUCCCCGAUCGCCUGCUUCACCUCGCCGGAACUCUACCCAGAUCAACCCCGGUGCAUCCUCGAUCCGCCUGCUUCAUCUCGCCGGAACUCUUCACAGAUAUAACCGGUGCAUCCCGUCCCGGUCGUGCUUCUCUCAUCCAAACCGCGCCACUGCCCCUUGCUCCGCUCGCGGAACAGCGGGGACAAGUUGCGCGAUCUAAACCGCGCCACUCUACCUUGUUCGGCGCGCGGAAUCGGUGGGCACAAGUUGCGCGAUCUAAACCGCGCCACUCUACCUUGCUCGGCGCGCGGAAUCAGUGGGGACAAGUUGCACGAUGACUGCAAAAACCCUGAAAAAAAGGGGGGCGAUUGAUUGCACUAGAGGCUUGAGUAGGGAGCAGAGAUCUAUUAGCAGAAAUUUGAAAAAGAUUGAGUCGUUGCUGACUUCAAGUUGUAGCGAUGGCCCAAAAAGCUCGAGCGAUGACAUGAAAGGCUCUGGGACAUCGAUAAAACCAAAACUCUUGAGUGAUACUGAGAAAUGCAUUAUGAGACUGGCAAAACAAAUGCUAAAACGUGAGUUACGGAUUUUGGUUGUUGGUUCUUCCUUUCCUUGCACGUAUUUCUUAUUAGAACACUAAUUGUGGUGGAGCAUGUUCAUUACUUAGAUGAUGAGAAUCACAGGCGGCUGGUUGAUGCUGAGCAAAAACGAUGCGCUGCUCGGGCAGCACAGUUUGACAUGCUUCCUGAACGAGUUGUUUCGAAGACUCCUUUUGAAGAGAAACCAUUUGGCCAUCUAGUCCAACCUGGGAUGACAUUUUAUGAUGCCAAUGCGAAUCAUAUGCAAUAUGUGUCCUCCACUGUUGUCUCGCUUGCUUUGUUUGAUGGAGAUGAGAUGUUAUUUGCAUGCUCAGGUAUACCUCUACCAUUUGAUACAGCUACCCAACUCAUUUUAACAAGAAUUGUGACUUCAGCAUGUUUGGUUAGAGAAUUUAAUCUCAAGAGAAAUAGGGAUGACAAAUUGAGGGUUGAAGUGUGCCUUCCAAAUGGUACGAGCACCCUUGGGUUCUUGGGACUAUAUGAUGAUGAUAUUGCUAUAGUCACGUCAUUGGGCUGCCUAGAAGUGGUUCCUCUAGAUCUGGAUUAUAAAUCAGUACCUGUCUCUUCUGAUGAUCAUGUGAUAGCUGUUGGACGUGUAUUCAGUUCGUACAGUUUGUGGGCCUUGGAUGGGGUUCCAUGUACAGAAUGCAGCAACACGUGGGUUUCUUCUACUUCAGACACAACAAAGGCUGUACUUGGAGGGCCACUUAUACAAAAUAAUGUAGAAAGUAAGGGAAGACUUCUUGGGAUGAACCUUGAUCUUAAUCAUGAUGACAAGAGAUACACCUUCCUACCACUGGGAUCACUUAAAGAACGCUUGGAGCAUUUUCAGAUACUCAAUCCUAAAGUAAUCGAUUUCCAUAAUUAUUCCUUGCCUAAAGGUGUAUCAAGGAUAAUCCCUUCAGGAUUUAUGAGUGUGAUUAACCAGCUAAAAGCCCUUGGCUAUCCCUUGCCACCUCCACUUGUGCUCGAAUUGAACGGGCAUUUGCUUAAUACAUUUGAAGGUUGCUUUGGUGAAUCAUAUGCUUGGAAAGGGUAUAGCCCUGGUUGUAUACCCAGUGUUUCUAAAGGGUUUGUCUGGUCGCGACUUACAAAAAAUGUUUUGGACAAAAUAUCCCGUCGUGUUGUCUCCCUUGCUUCAUUCAAUGAAGGUAUUAGGUUUUUUGCAUGCACAGGCUUGCUUAUAAAGUUGUGUGGGCACACUUUCAUCCUAACUUCCGCCAGCUUGGUUAGAAAUGAUGAUGAAGGCGACAUUGAUAAUAACUUGAAGAUUGAGGUGUUUCUCCCACCAAAUCAGCGUCGCAGUGGGAAACUGGAAGUGUAUAAUUUGAACUAUAAUAUUGCUAUUAUCAGUGUGGCAAAGCAAUUCUUUCGCGCUUGCGCAGAAGACAUUUUCAAAACAAAUCCAUCAUCUGAGAAGGCUUAUCUUCAAUUAAUUUCAAAUGAACAUAUGAAAUCGUCUCAAAAAGUAAUAGCUGUAGGACGUGAUGCUUGUGAAGGACUAUUAAUGGGCACAAUUGGUGAAGUGAAGCCUACAAACGAGGACAGCAAACUUAACUGUGAAGAACUUAGGUUGUCCACUUGUGAAAUCAAUAAGGCUGGGAUUGGAGGCCCUCUUAUUGAUCUUGGUGGGAGGUUUGUUGGCAUGAACUUCUAUGAUGGAAGAAGGGUAACUCCUUUCCUGCCAAAGAGCAAGAUUGUUGAAGUUGUUACUGCAGCAGAUGUGUUACUAGAGUACUUUGGUUAUGGCCUGCCUCACCACAUUGUUCCUCUUGAUGAUGGUUGGCCGACAAAGAAAAACAGGUGGUUGGUGCCCCCCCCAUAUUGGUAUCAUGGUGAACUUGAUGUGGAUGCGGAUGAUAUACCGGUGUUUAUGGGAAGACAGCUGCAGGUUGGGACUUCGAAGUAUUAGCAGGACCUCUCUGCCCGUUUAUCUAGUAUUAUCAACUGAAGUUCUAUUGUUGACCAUAAAAAUAAUGUAAGUUUGUUGAGUUAGGGAUUGUUUAUGUGACUGUUGCUAUUGACAAGUUUGCUCAAAUGUUUGACUAAAUACGCUCUGCUGUCCACGUCGCAUCACAAUGAGGGGUUCGUUGUACUCGAAGUGGAGGAUUUGUUUAUUUGCAAACCUAAAAAUUUGGACGCCAGUUCUUGAAUGCCUAACAAAAUUUGAAGAA